CAGGAGGUGACGCGGUGGGCGGGGCGUGGCAGUGCCGCGUGUGUUCCUCAGUGAGAGCCGGAGUUACACGUGGUGUGAGCGGCCUCAGUCUCCCCGCGCCCGGAGCUCCCCGCCGCCGCCAUGUUGGUGCUGUUUGAGACCGCAGCGGGAUACGCUAUAUUCAAGGUGCUGAAUGAGAGCAAGCUGCAGGAAGUAGACAGUAUAUGGAAGGAAUUUGAAACGCCAGAGAAGGCCAAUAAAGUUGUAAAGUUGAAACACUUUGAGAAGUUCCAGGACACGACGGAAGCGCUAGCCGCGGCCACGGCUCUGGUGGAGGGCAAGAUCAGCAAAAACUUGAAGAAAGUCCUAAGAAAAAUCGCGGCAAAGGAAGCGCACGAGCAGCUGGCGAUUUCAGAUGCCAAACUUGGAGGCGUAAUCAAGGAAAAGGCCAACAUCAGCUGUGUGCACAGCGCCAUGGUGACCGAGCUGAUGCGUGGUAUCCGGAACCAGAUAGACGGCCUCAUCACAGGACUGUCAUCCCGGGAGAUGGCCGCAAUGUCACUUGGGUUGGCGCACAGCCUGUCUCGCUACAAACUGAAGUUCAGCCCCGACAAAGUGGAUACAAUGAUUGUGCAAGCUAUAUCCCUCCUGGAUGACCUGGAUAAGGAGCUGAAUAAUUAUAUCAUGCGGUGCAGAGAGUGGUACGGAUGGCAUUUCCCUGAGCUGGGCAAAAUUAUUACUGAUAACCUGGCGUUCUGCAAGUGUGUGCGUGCUGUGGGUGACCGAGUAAACUUUGCCACCUUUGAUCUUUCGGAGAUCCUGCCAGAGGAGGUGGAGGCAGAGGUAAAAGCUGCUGCGGAGAUAUCAAUGGGUACAGAGGUGUCAGAGGAGGACAUCAUUAACAUCCUGCACCUGUGCGACCAGGUGAUAGAGAUCUCGGAGUACAGGACACAACUGUAUGAUUACCUGAAGAACAGAAUGAUGGCCAUCGCCCCAAACCUCACGAUCCUGGUGGGGGAGCUGGUUGGUGCCCGACUCAUUGCCCACGCAGGCUCCCUUCUGAACCUGGCAAAGCACCCAGCUUCCACUGUGCAGAUCUUAGGCGCAGAAAAGGCCUUGUUCAGAGCUCUGAAGACAAAGCGGGACACUCCGAAAUAUGGUCUGAUUUAUCAUGCUUCCCUGGUUGGACAGACGACCCCCAAAAAUAAGGGCAAGAUUUCCCGUAUGCUGGCUGCUAAGGCGGCCCUCGCUAUCAGAUAUGAUGCCUUUGCCGAGGACUCCAGUGCAGAACUGGGAGUGGAGACCAGAGCGAAGCUGGAGGCGCGUCUACGAAUCCUGGAGGAGAAAGGGAUAAAGAGAAUUAGCGGCACUGGGAAAGCACUCGCCAGAGCAGACAAAUAUCAGCAUAAAAGUGAGGUCAGAACUUAUGACCCAUCCGGAGAUUCCACGCUGCCGGCUGUUCCCAAAAAGCGGAAGUUUGAAGAAGUGGAACAGGAGGAAGAGAAGCCGCCUGAGGUCAUAGUAAAAAAAGCUAAAAAGCACAAGAUAACAGAGUUGGUAGAAGUAAAAGAAGAGCCAGAAGAAGUUGAGGAACCCCCAAAGAAGAAAAAGAAAAAGAUUAAAGAAGAACCAUUGGACCCAGAUGAGGAAGAGCCUUCAACAAGCACAGCUGAGCCUUCCAAGAAAAAGAAGAAGAAGAAAAAGAAGAUUAAGCAGGAGGAAGAGGAGGACUAAGAACAUUGGGGACUUUUCCUUUAUGAACUGGUGACCCUGGUGCCUGGGGGCAGAGAUUUUACAGCACUUUUCCAGAUGUGUGGAAAGGUGCCUUAUAUUAGGUUUAGGACGUUCUGUCCAUAUCAACCAAGCGGAACGUUCCGGUUAUAUUUUGUUUUAUACAUCUUGGCCUGAAUUAAUUGAUUUUGUACUGAGCGAAUGACUGUUUUGUAAGAUGGAGACUCAGCCGCUGACUUUGUACAUACAUUUAUGGUUUCCCUUCCAAAAAUACAUUGUUCUAACCAUAA